GGUUCAGGCUUUAUUAGACAAAACUUUGCAUAGGUUCUCUUUGCAGAAAAGUUACCUUUGGCAUGUAGGGUUGUAAACGGUUUUAGGUUAGUUGGUGCGUGCAAGAUUGCAACCAGGCUCCCUGCAUUUCUUCAUUCUUCCAUGGUCCCUAUUCUUGAGGGGUAUUGUACUGCAUUUAUAAACAAUAGGAGUUUCUGUUCAAACUAAAUUGAUUUGCCAAUAAUUCGGAGAUGCUAGGUUCCGUUUGGUGAAAGCAAUUUAAGUUGUGAGAUGACCUCACGAAACAACAGAAACUAGUAGUACACAUUAUCUCUGCUCAAAUGCGGGGAACCACAACAAUACACCAUAUCCCUAAUUAUUACAGAGAAGAAAAUAUAUUUUAUUCUUAAGGAAACUUAUGGAGUAGAGGCUGAUUAUCUACCCAACAUAGAAAUAUAGAAGGGCCAUUUCUAUGGUGUUUUGGCCCCUCUUUUAUGCCCCAUGGUGUAGUCUAUCAGCCAUCUAGCUUUUGCGGAAGCAAAGCAAGGAGGAGCAUAAUUGAGCUCAGGUGGGCUUUUUGUUAAAUAAAGUUGACCUACCACAGGGUAGAUGGGACCCUUACUCGCCCCCUCGAUUCUAAGGACACAAGUCUUGAUCAAAGAACACAACACAAGGGAUAGGAAAGGGCUGUGGAAUCAAGAAGCGUGAUCCUUGUUUGCUCUCUCUUUUAUGUAUCAUCCUAUAACCCAGGAGCUAGCUGCACUGGUGAAUGAUGGCGCCAAGGCAAGCAUUAUUGAGAUCCCACCAUGUUUUUCGACAAGCUUUGUGCAAGUUGAAUCAUGGAGAGGGGCACAAAGUAUGUGAAUUACUAGAUCUUUUUUCUCUUUCAGUGUCCCCAUAUGCUCCUCACAUGUGGAAUCUUGCAAAGGAAUCAGUAUUGACAUUGCACGGUACUGUAAGCACAUCAUUUGUCGUUCUCUCUUUUUGACACCAAAGUUUACCAUGCUGAAGUUAGCUUAUUAACACAGUAUUGGGAACCAUUUGACACAUUUUGAGUCACAGUUUAUUUUUCCCAGUUACAUAUGCUGAUGAGGAUACAAUUUGCAGGAUAAAAUACUGCCAGUAAUAAAGUAUAUCUAAAGUAACGCAGCAUUAGGAGAACAAUAACUUUAGGUGGUUAAGCAUGUGCACAGUGUCCAAAAUAGCUGUACUACAGAUUCACAGAGCAUUUUGUGUCAUGUCUUUAGUUUCUUGUCACGUUUCUAGGAACCUUCCAGUUUUUUUCAAUGAUGGAUUCUUUUUUUCUAGAAUACACCCUGGAAGGUGUAUCAUAUACAAUGAUGGAUUUUUAUUUCUUCGCAAUGCAUAGCCAUCAGUGAUUUUGCUUAUCUAGGUUAAUCUAAUUAGUUGAGCACAAUGCUAUUAAGAUUUUCUAAUGUUAUAUCGUUUUUUAUUCUUACAAAGAUCACUUCAGAAGCGAUCUGGCACUAGGAUUCUGUAACCAAACUUGUGCAUGUGAUGUUUGUUUAUGGUGUAGAAGUCAUUGCUUGUUAACCUACUAGAUGAAGCUUUUGCAGAAUCUGGUUUAGAUAUUGCUUGUUGACAGUAAUACAUACCGGGCAUCAAAACUGAACUUAACACCUACUUCUGCGAGAAACCAAUAUGCAUAAUUCCAUUUGUUUGUUAUAGAGCUGUUUAAUGCUGGAGUUUUGGUUUAAAACUAUACAUAAGCAAUGGGGUGAAGAACUCCUUACUGUGUUCGCUUCUGUUUUCUUGUAACAACACAUGGUCCAGGUAAUGUAGAACACUAAAAUACAGAUACCGGAUUGAUUGCUCAAAUCUUUCCAUUUCAUGCAGACUCUCCAGUCCACACUCCACACUCCGCACCACAUAAUAGUAAAGCUAAGAUGCAUCCACCAACUGCUAAUGAAUCUUUUUCAUCAAGAAUUGUGCUCCUUUCAUCCGCUCUAUUAUUAGCCUAAAGCACAUUUUGCUGGUGCUGGAGGCCAUAAUUUCCAGAGCCAUUCUUGUCUUGCAAUGCAUGUCAUAUUGGCAUGACAGGCAAGUUGCUGGGGCAAACAUAUACUUUUGUGUUGCCUACUUGCCUUGCUCAACACUGACCAGUUCUACACUGCACUCAGUUAGCAGGCCCCUCACCAGUCUUGGAAAAGAGAGAAGCUAGUUCCUUUCAAAGGGGAUAAGGGGCACUACUGCACUGCACUAGUGUUUGUUGGACUCCUAGCCUCAUCUUUCCUUAGCCAUCAAGUCUCUGGUUAUUUCAUGUAGCGACAGUUGCGCACGGUUUUGCUACAAAACAAGUUUUUGCUGAACGUUCGAAGGAUUUACUGAUGCAUUGAUCAUAUACAGAAGACAUUCUUUCUUGAAAUUCGGAGGUGAAUUUCCUGAAGUGUAAUUACCAACCUGCUGGGGUUGAGUUCCAGAUUUGAAGUACAGAUGAGCACCUGGUCAUGGUUAUUCCAGCUCCUGACACAAAGAGCUAUUCCAGAGAAGCCAAACUCCACACAGUUUCCAGGUGUACUUGCACCGACUGUACCACCAGCGUCUAGAAUGUUGAGUCCACACAUAUCACAUGAGCAGAAAUAUUCAGCAACUCCUACCACAGUUGGCUCUGAGGGUGAAUCAUCAUUCACCAACCACCAUGAGUCCAUAACUGCCAGAGCUGACACUGAAUUAUUGUGCACCAACUGCUAGGAAACGCUGUAUGUUUGCCAACAAUUGCUACAUGACAUAGCAGUGGCCUGUAAAGCUUGUUAUGUCCAUUCAACAUGUUUUCUCACAGUUUGUGGCUGUAAAUCAAAUCCAAUGGACUGGAAUCCACGGUAUUUUGGAGGCAUCCAAAUCUUGAAGUCCAAGUCAUCAAGUCCAGGGAUCAGGAUCAUGAGAGCAGAGGGACCCAAAGCAGGGCAAGAUAGGGAAAGGAAAAGAAAGGGGGUAAAGAAAGUGAAGAGAAGGCAGACAGACACUAUAUCUUUUCUGACAAAGAAUUGCCCCCACUCACAACACAUAAAUUUAUUUAUCUAUAAAAUCUCAUCAAAUUGCAAAAAAGCAUCAUGUCAUGUGUUCCUCUUCAUCUCCACCACCAAUAGGAUAGGAGAUGUCUGUACUUGCAUGGUUGCCCCCUCUUGUAUUGAGACACUUGGUGCUUUAAAUUUCCGACUCUCUUCUUCUGCCUUUUCAUGGCCAGCCUCCCGCUCAAACCGCAUAUAAAACCCUCUCACCACCCAUCCUGCCCCCUCAUUCUGGUCAUAGCUUCUUGAGCCUCCUCAGGUCUCUGUACAUACACCUUUGUGCUGUUCAUAGCAAGAGCUUGAUUACUCAAAAAAAUAAUGGAUCCAAUCAGCAUAGAGAAGAUCAAGGCCAUGAGGAAGUACAGGAGGAGCAGGAGGCAGCAGCAGCAAAAGCUGCUCCCUACUCUCACCCCUUACAUGGUGGCCACUUGUGUUCUUUGCCUGCUGCUUACUAGCCCUGCCUGGUUCCCCAGGCUGUGCUCACUCCUCAUCUCCUUCCUCACCACCCUCCCUGACCUGGCCACGGCCUUCUUGCUCAGCCCCAAGUGCCUCUUUGUCGUCGGCAAUCUCAUCGUCGCCUUCCUCAUCAAUGAGUCUAGGCUGGCGCCGAGGAGCCCGCCUGCUUCCCUAGUGGAUGUGGAUGGCAUCCACGAGGAGCACGUGAAGAGAAAUGUCACGUCGACAACAACGACCACGGUGGUGUUCACAGAUCAAAGCGCCCAGGUUGGAGUAGUUUGGGAGGGAGAGGAGGAGGAAGAGGAGGAACAAGGAGAAGAGGAGCUGGAGAAGAGGGUGGACGAUUUCAUCGCAAGGGUGAGGAGGCAGAGGAAGCUCGAAGCCAAGAGCUUCUUCGACACUGAUCGGUGACCAUGAAUGAUCUAGCUUACUUAAUUUCCUUGGUGUUUGAAGAUGCACGAGAAGAUUACUCCAAAUUAAGGACAUGUAAUGAUGUGUGCUACUAUGCUUAAUUUUGGCAUGUUAGGGUCAGAGGUAAGAAGAACCUAUUCCACUGUCUUCUCGCGGUGUAGCUGAUUAAUUCUGGGGCGUAGCAAUGCCCGGGAAUUAGGCAGAGAGGAGGAGAGAUAAGGAAUGUGUGUGAUCUUUGAAAAAGUAAGGAAAAAAGAAGUGAUGCAUGGUGUCUUUCUGUUA